AAACCAUCACAACGUUUCUGCUACUCAAAUGGAACAACGCAUUGCAAAAUACGCCGUAAAAUGUUAAUAGAUAAGGCCGAUCCUCUAAAUAAAUUGCAUAGUUAGGAUAUUCGUGGCAGUGCUGAAGGGAAACGCAUGCUUAAGUACACCGGCGUCUCAAGAUGUUCUUCAGCUUCUUCAUUGUUCUUCUAGCUGGCAUCAGCGUUUUCAGCGUUGACUGUUUGACUUGCCUUCAUUGUACGGAUAUCCAAAGUCCUAGACACUGCAAAUAUGUGAGGGAAUGUCAGCCAGGCGAGGUCUGUAAUAUUCACCGGACCACAAAUCCAUAUGGGGAUGUUGAGUUUGACGUGAGCUGUGUACAUCCUUGGGCGUGUUCCAACCGCUCGCAAGGCCUUCAGGCGUGUGACGAGUGCUGUAGUACAGACCUUUGUAACGCUGCCGGGUGUGGCUUGACAGGAUACCCAUCUAAACGGGGCCCAGUGUGCUUCAACUGUCCUGCACAAAUCACUGAUGGUACAUGUCACAGAAUAGAUGUCUGCGGACUUAACGAAAUGUGCUUGAUCAACGAACAGAGCGAGUUUGGCGACACAGUGUACACUUCACAGUGUGUCGGAUUAGCGCACUGCCAACCUCAAACCAUGGGCAGUUCACAAAUAAUUGGAAGGUCGAUCUAUGAUGAUACUAGAUCGUUGGCGGAAACCGUCUGUCACAAGUGUUGCCAUGACGAUCUUUGCAACGCAAACUGCGAUGUUAACUAUUGCGCCUCAAACCCAUGCGGACAUGGGACAUGUGUCAAUAGCAGGACGAAUUAUACGUGUGUGUGUGACCCGUCUUACACUGGAAGCAAUUGCACUGAUCUUAAUUAUUGCUUCCUAAACCCCUGUGAACAUGGGAUAUGUGUCAAUGGAAAGACGAAUUAUACGUGUGCGUGUGACCCGUCUCACAUUGGGCGCCAUUGCGCAGAAUUUAGGAUACAAGAUUGCAUGGAUCAAAGAAACCUGACCCAUGUAAGUGGCGUGUACAGCGUUCUUCCUGCAGGGAUGUUUCAGAACAUUGAGGUGUACUGUGACAUGGAAACGGACGGAGGGGGAUGGGCGGUGUUUCAACGUCGUGUGAAUGGAUCUGUGGAUUUCUACCAAAAUUUCUUAAAUUAUGAAAAUGGCUUCGGAGACGUUCAUGGAGAAUUCUGGCUUGGAUUGAAGUAUAUACACGCAAUGACCGCCAACGUAACGUCUGAACUCCGUAUCGAGUUGGAGACGGCUGACGGACACUUGUUGUAUGAGGUAUUUCCGGACUUCAGGCUGUCGGCUGCACCUGAAUACACUCUGCAUAUUGAAAAGGGUCAUGGCACUGCAGGCGAUUCACAGGGGCUGUCGUAUAGCUCCGGAAGUAGAUUUUCCACAUAUGACGACGAACACAGCGGCAGAUGCGCCAACCUUAGUCACGCAGGAGGGUGGUUUAAUAAUUGUGGAUGGGCUAACUUAAAUGGUAGAUAUGUUACGCCCGGAUCAAAAAGCUUCUAUUACCAAGCGAUGUGUUACGGGGACUAUAACAACGGUGAAGCACUGAAGGGUACAACAAUGAUGUUUCGAAGAGUUUGACACCUUCACGACGACGUAUUAUGCACACGUGCACGACCAAUAAAAUAAUGAAAUGUAUGUGAACAUGCAUCCCAUUUAAAUGUCUUUAAAGACCAAGCAA